AUGAAUUUUGAAGAUAUUUCUUUAGAUUUAAAUAAUUAUGUCUCUAUAGGAAAAGAAUUUUCAUCAAGACAAUCUAUUGAUAAAUCAGAAGAUAGGAAAAAAAAGAAACUUGAAAGGUCAAAGAAAUUAGAAGAAUUGCUUUUGUUGGGCGGUGAUGAUGAUAGUCCAUCAAGAUAUAGUAAUGCAGAAUUAUUAAAAAUUACUAAAAAAAAGAAAAGAACUACAGAAAAAUUGAUAAAAACAGACUUUUCGAUCUUAAUCGAAGAAAAAGCAAAUGAAAUUGUAAAUGACGAUUCCUGUAGUUUUUUUCCACCACAAACACCAAUAAAAAAUCAAAAAACAAAUGGAGAUAAAGUUUUAGUACCAGGAACACCUGAUGACAAAAGUAUGGCUUCUAAAUUAAGAAAAAAUUUAAAAAGAAAAAUUACGGCUGAUGAUGAUUUGUCUGGUGAAUGUGAACAAAAUGUUGCUAAAAAAAUUUGUUUUGACAUAGAAAACAAUGAAGGUAUUUUAAAAGAAGAAAUUAAUGAUGAAAAACAAUUACCAAAAGAGGAAAUUUCAAAUGAAGUAAAAGAUGAAAUAAAAGAAGUGGUAAAAAUUGAGGAAAAAACUUUUGAAUUGAGACGCAGUCCUAGAAAAAAGAAAAUAGAAUGUUUACUUAAAACACCAGACAAUAAAAAAAGAAAUACUAAAAAGAGUAAUGAUAUUGUUCAUGAAACACCUUCUUUUAAAAUGAAAACAGUUAGAAGAAAAUCUAAUGAAUCAUACAAAAUUUCUGUUUUAGCACAAACAAAUCCAAUUGCAAAAACACCUUUUACAAGAUCUCAGGCUGCUUCAAAUUGCCAAAUAGUUGAUUGUUCAAGUAGAAGUAAUUCUUCCUUUUCUUUUCCAUCUUCAUCUUUUUCAAAAAAAAAUAUGCCAAAGUCUACAAGUCUUUUCUUGCUUGCUAAAACUGUAACUAGAUCUCGAUCUAAAAAUAACAUUCAAUUAAAACCAAAACCUCCAACAGAUUUUUCAGAACUUUUUACAAAUAAUGAUAUUGAGAAGAGAUAUAAUAUAAGGUUAAAUAAAAUUUUUAAAGAAGUAAAAAAAGGAGAAAUUUCACAUAAUGAUGUAUAUUAUGGUAAAAAUACAAAUAGAACAAACAUUUUUUCUGAUGAAAUCAUUGAUAAACUUAGAACAUCUCCUCGUAAAAAGGCUGAAAUUGCCAAAAAUCGUAGUGGAAGGACUAUUGAAAAUUCUAAUCAAUUGAAUUUUUCUCAUCAGUUACUUAACACCAGAAAUCAUUGCCUAUCAGAGUACUCUAAAAAGCAUCCAAAACAAGAAACAGGAUCUUUUAUUGUCAAAAAAGCACUCUCAUCACCAACAAAAACAUCUCAACGUAAAAUUGAAAAACUGAAAAACAUGUAA